CCGAAACUGAGAGCUGGAUGCUAAACUGACUGAGCCACCCAGGUGCCCCGAGUUCUUUUUAAUUUGAUGGUCUGCAAAAACUCCAUCUCCAAAUAAGACGAUAUUUGGGGUUCAACUUCAACAUAAUCGGGGAUGGGGGGGUUACACAAUUCAGCCGUAACACCACCCCCCAACCCAGGAUGGACACAACGGGGCCAAGGGCGGAGAGUGUGGGGCUGAGCCCCGGGACAAAGUGUCCCCAGGUAGGUGGCCACUUGCUUUGGGCCGGAACAUUCUCUGCUCCGGGGGAAGGGGGAAUAGAUAGCUAAAUUUUAAGUUUUGUUUUAUUGAAAUCCUCCUCUCUGUGCCUUCCUGUUCUUGCCCCACCUUUCGAUUUUCAGAUGCGGACGCGGUCGCGGCACAGAUACUGUCCCUCCUGCCGUUGAAGUUCUUUCCAAUCAUCGUCAUCGGGAUCAUUGCACUGAUAUUAGCACUGGCCAUUGGUCUGGGCAGUGAGUACAAUUCAUUAUUUAGUAGGCUCUCAAAUGCCUAUUCAGGCAUUUAAACUUUCAUGAGCCCCCCCCAUUCCCCCUGCCCCCAGCUCAUGCCACUCAGCCUUAAUUACUGGAGGCAAAUGUCUUUGGGGUUUGCUGACUUUGAGUUUUAUUUGCCUGCACGAGUGUAAAGCCAGCCUGGGGCCCAGGAGGGGCUGCUGGCCACACUCGGGGCUUUGUCACCAAGGAACCUGCCCAGUUGGAAGUGUCCCAAAGCAGCUGAUGAAAUAGAAUCCUGCGGGCAGGAGGGGGUGCGUGGCCGGGAGGAGAAGACAAGGAGGCCAUUCAUGCCGGGCCGGGCAUACCUGCUAUUUUUAAAAGAAGGUUCAUGUGGCUUUUGAGAAAGUGAGUCAUUUGGAUGGGCUCUGAUAGGGAACAGUAUCUCAUUUCCUCUUUCAAAUGACCGGCCCACCUGCUCGGCUGUGUGGUCUGUGGUCCCUUCUCUUCUUGCCCGGAGUCGGAGACAACAGGUGGUGGAUUGGGGGCUGCGUGGCCCUCACUCAGAGCUCCUUGCUCAGCAGGCUCAGCCAGUCGGCCCACAGCCAGGCCCUUUCUCUCUUGACCUUGAACCCCACGCAUUGUGGCUCCAGGCCACAUAGUGAGACAGCGGCCCCACCCUCUGGAAUUUGGCACAGAAACCGGGCUGAGGGAAACAGGCUGCAAUUUCAGUGCAGGUUUCAUUAUUGAUGGUUUCAUUAUUGAUGGCUCAAGGCCACGUGGUCAGUGGAUGGUUGUUAGUGUUGAGCACCGAAGAAGCCCUUCCUUGCCACACCCGUCUUCUCCUUUCCUCAGUCCACUUCGAUUGUUCCGGAAAGUACAGGUGUCGCUCGUCUUUCAAGUGUAUUGAACUGACAGCUCGAUGUGACGGGGUCUCUGACUGCAGGGAUGGGGAGGACGAGUACCGCUGCGUCCGCGUGAGCGGCCGGAACGCGGUGCUGCAGGUCUUCACGGCUGCCGCCUGGAGGACCGUGUGCUCUGACGACUGGAGGGGUCACCACGCUAACGUCGCCUGUGCCCAGCUGGGGUUUCCAAGCUACGUGAGUUCAGACGCCCUCAAGGUCGACUUAGUGGAAGAGCGGCUGCAGGGGGGCUUCGCUUCCGUCAAUCACCUGCUGCCGGAUGACAAAGUGACGGCUCUCCACCACUCGGUGUACGUGAGGGAGGAAUGUGCCUCGGGUCACGUGGUUGCCUUGAAGUGCAUGGCCUGCGGUCUGAGAAUGGGCUACAGCUCGCGCAUCGUGGGUGGAAACGUGUCCUCGCUCGCGCAGUGGCCGUGGCAGGCCAGCCUCCAGUUCCAGGGCUACCACUUGUGUGGGGGCUCUGUCAUCACGCCCGUGUGGGUGGUCACCGCUGCCCACUGCGUCCACGACCUGUACAUCCCCAAGUCGUGGACCAUCCAGGUGGGCCUGGUUUCCCUGCUCGACAGUCCGGCCCCUUCCCACCUGGUGGAAAAGAUCAUCUACCAUAGCAAGUACAAGCCCAAGAGGCUGGGCAAUGACAUUGCCCUCAUGAAGCUGGCCGGGCCGCUCACCUUCAACGAGAUGAUCCAGCCGGUCUGUCUGCCCAACUCCGAGGAACAGUUCCCUGAUGGAAAAAUGUGCUGGACGUCAGGAUGGGGGGCCACAGAGGAUGGAGGCGAUGCGUCCCCGGUCCUCAACCACGCAGCCGUGCCUUUACUCUCCAACAAGAUCUGCAACCACAGAGAUGUGUAUGGAGGCAUCGUCUCCCCCUCCAUGCUCUGCGCCGGCUACCUGAAGGGCGGUGUGGACAGCUGCCAGGGAGACAGCGGGGGACCGCUGGUGUGUCAGGAGAGGAGGGUGUGGAAGUUGGUGGGAGCGACAAGCUUUGGCAUCGGCUGUGCCGACGUGAACAAGCCCGGCGUCUACACGCGCAUCACCUCCUUCCUGGACUGGAUCCACGAGCAGUUGGAGAGGGACCUGAAAACCUGAAGACAGGGGAACGGGCCGCCACCUUGAGUUCCCGCCUUGAUGGAGACACCCCGUCCUUCCGCGGGUCCCCGGGUGGAAACUCGCGGCCUGAGCCAGCGCCUCGGGUACUCUUCCUUCUGGAGCCACCGCGGAGCCCCAGGAAGGAGCAUCUUUCUGCCCCGGCACCUCCAGAACAGCUCCUAGCCCCUCUUCGAGCCACUGGGGUGUCGGGCUAAAAUGGCCCUGAAGCUCCUUUGUGACGUGCCCUUCACUGAGCUCAGAAGCAGGAACGCCUUCGUGGUGCUACCUUGCCCCCCUCGUCCAUUUGGUUUUCUCUGCCCUGGGGCAUUCACCAUGACCGACGAGACAGGCAGAUCUCACCACAGGCCACACCGGUGCCCAGUGGGGACACGCCAGCCCGGAGCCACAAGGGGGUGUCGUGAUAAAUGUCCCUGUCUGCACGUUUUUUAUCCCUAGGCGCCGGAACCAAAUCAGGUCUUUCUACUUCCAAGAUCCCUUUUUGCCUGUGAGAACUUAACCCACAAGUGAUUCUUUGUUAGGUUUCUUUCUAGUCUCUCUUUGUAGUAUUUGGUGCUUGGUGUAGUAUUUGUCCUUUACUUCCAAGGGACGUGUGCUCUCUUAACGCACCCGUCAAUCAGAGCUCGUCUGAAUGAAUACCGA